UACUUCAAAAUUUCAUGUUUAAUCCAGUGUGUUACUUGCCGUUUCUUUAAUUAUUAGUGAAAUUUACCAGCAAUUUCUGAGUGAAAAUUGUUUAUUAAAGUAAAUUUACACCAAUUUAAAAAGUUAUGGGGUCACUAAAGUGUUCUGGGAGGCUGCUACCUGGUUGCUAUGUUGUUCUAAGUGGUUGGUAAGCAGUUGCUGAAUUGAGAUUUGAAUUGGUUUUUGCCAAAAUGUUUGUCUGUGCAUCCUUAGCUGCUAGUAUUUUACUUUUAAUAAUGUAAUAAUGAUGGUCUCUUUUCUUUUUUUCCCCCCACAUUGUAUGAAUGGGGUCUGAUUUUUUUUAAUUUUUUUUAUAAUCUCCAGAGUUCAUGAUGUUUUUGUAACCAUAGGUUAAAUUGACAGGUGUAGGAGGGUUACUUCGAAUAUGAGAGUAUAUAUGAGCACAACUGAGCUGCUCUGAGUCCAUCAAUGGAGUUAAAUUGGAUGGGCAUGUACUAUAUAUAUGUUUAUCUUUCUUUGGAUAUUAGUCUUUACCAAACUGUAAUUCAUGAAAUUGUUCUUUUUAUACUUAUGUUUAUAAUUGUUAGCCUUUUUACGAUUACUAAGAAAAUCAUCUCUGCAACUGGGCCAAAUGUGAUGACUUCAAAUGCGACUGACACUGAAAAUAUAUUUCUCUGCUAUCCACUCCUGCUGGACUCCUGUCCGAAAUUGCAACAUCUCACUGUAGUUAAAGUGGCAAUGUAUGUUUUCAUGGUGCUGAUGAUCCUCACAACAGUUUUUGGGAAUCUGCUGAUCAUCAUCUCCAUCUCUCACUUCAAACAUCUAAAGUCUCCAACUCAUCUGAUCGUUCGCUCUCUGGCUGCCAGUGAUUGUCUGCUGGGCUCUUUGGUCAUGCCGUACAGCAUGGUGCGAUCUGUUGAAGGCUGCUGGUAUCUGGGAGAUUUUGUGUGUAAAGUUCAUUCUAGUUUAGACAUGACCUUCUGUAUCUCUUCCAUACUACAUCUCGGUUUAAUAUCUAUUGACAGGUAUUGGGCCAUUUGUGAUCCUUUAAGGUACAAAAUGAGGGUCACAAACAACACUGUGACUGUAUUUACUACCUUCACAUGGCUGUUUUCAUUUCUCUACAGUUUUUCUAUUGUGUUUUCAGGGGUGAACAAAAUUGGCUUGGAGUCGUUUAUCAUGCAGGUUUACUGUGUGGGAAGUUGUGUUCUGUUUUUUAACAAACAGUGGGGUAUUAUAUGUCCAAUUCUUACAUUCUUCCUUCCCGGAACAAUCAUGACCUCUCUGUAUAUGAAAAUCUUCUGUGUUGCAAGAAAACAUGCAAAGGUUAUGUCAGAAAGAGUGACUGUGGCAGCAACAGGAGGGUUGAAGAGCAAAAGCUCUGCACACAGAGAGAGAAAAGCAGCGAAAACUCUGGCCAUUGUCAUGGGUGUUUUUUAUCUCUGCUGGCUGCCUAUUUUUAUUGCUACUAUCAUUGACUCCUGUCUUAAUUUUGUGACUCCAGCUAGUAUCUUUGAUGCUUUAGUUUGGUUUGGAUACUUUAACUCCACUUGUAAUCCACUGAUAUAUGGUUUUUUCUACUCUCGUUUUCAGAAGGCCUUUAUGAUUCUCAUAUCAUCCUGUUUUUAUGGCUUCAGUGACUCAAGCACCUUGACAUUUGAAUGAAUAUGUUAAUCAUUUUACAUCAGGAUAUCAUGUUAUGCUUUACAAUAAAGAUUUUCUUUCUCUUAUUAGCCUACAUGCUUUUAUAUGCUAGUUUGUGAGUGCUGAAGUGAUUUAUUUUAAGAUAUUGUUGACAAUAUGAUAAAAUGUAAAUACGAUUUUACAAUAAUUCAAAUAAACUGAUCAAGGACUAGUUCUAUAUCGAAGAACCUCUUAAAUUGAUUGAAAGUUGUGAUCUUAUUCUUUA